UUCGCUGGUGGGUGGUCUGGUCCUCAAACACUUCGGUGGUCGUCGUAGCUUCUACUACUUUGCAAUAUUCGCAUUUGCGGCAUGUGUGCUCCACAUGUUGGUACGGCCGCGUUCACGCAAACGUCAAUAUCUGCCGAAGAGUGGCUAUCAAGUGCCCAACGAGCAGAUGACACUCGGUACUGUGGCUGUAGAGGGAGAAAUUAAGGCGUGAUCAAGCAUAAGACUAUGGAAAUAUAUUACAUUAGAUUUGUUAUUUGUGACGUUUGAUAGUUGCACCUUUACAAUUUUAUUUGUAUAGUUUUUGAAUUAUGUAUUAUAAUGACAAUUUUAUGUACAGUUGGAUUGGGUAAAAAUAUGAAGUUGUUUAUUUGUACAUUUAUAUAUAAAUGCGAUAUCGUAUAGGUAGAUUUUAUUAAAGAAUUUUUUUUUUUGCAAAACUUCAAUGGAGGUUAGGUUCUAUUACAAAACAAAAAAAAAUUUUGAAUAGAUUUCUUGCAAGCGACCGCACAUUCUCACAUACUCAAUCUAUUCAUAUUUGACCCGGAUUGGUCCAUUUAAAUUGACUGAAGACCAAAUCGAUAAAAAUUCAUCCCAGCCGGGGCUUAUAACAAAUGUAUGAAGAUUUGGAUGGAACGUUGCUGGUAUUAAGCCUAACUUGAGGGUGUUAAUAUAGAUAUGUAUUAACAUACGUGAAAAUGUGUAUUUUUUUGUCAGUCCGGAUCAAAUUUGACCAAAUGGUAUAUGUAGAUGCAUGCUUGUAUUGACUCAGGAGUCUAUUUGGAAGAUUUGCAUUAAAAUAGGUAAAAAUAUCGUUUAUUUUUAUCGAUUCGCGUUGAUUAGAUGGUGUAUCCAGAAAUUAACCUUAAUCUAUCGAGCACAUGACAGCAUGCAACGAGUUUCCGUGUGUCAGAUCUUGUCGACACUGCUCGUUUUAUGGAUCUCACUUGUGUUUACUAUUACGAUCAGAAUCAGGGAGACGAAACGAUUUUUUUUCAUUUUUCCGUCCAUACAACUGAUACGUUUCCAAAAAUGUGGGAUAUUUAUAUAUGAAAUCUGGUCGAUAUUUGCCUUGAUCCCAAAGGUUUGUUGGUACACGAAGCGAAAUCUGAUAAUAUCUACGAUCAAAAUGUGUUUAAUUUAAAAUUGCGGACUUAUAAGUGCUAUAAUUUUCUCUCAGCACAGGUCAAAAAAAAAUAUAUAUAUUGCAACAUAUCUUUGUACAUGUAUUAUAGUAGUAUUUGGUCAGUUCGUUCCAAAAAAAGGACGAAAUUUGUGUACUGAUAUAUAGCUUCCCCAAGAUCACAUAUACCAAUUAAAGCGGCUUUCGGUCAUCCUUUUAUGUUGACAUAGUAUUAAUAAAAACAAAGCUUAAAACAAAAUUACAUUAAAUAUUUUUAUCAUAAAUUUAUUUCCAACACACACCACUCGUAUCACUUCAAUUACAAUCAUCAAUGCUCGGUACAUUUGCUCCUCUCCCACAAUUAUUAUUCCACGUAUUCCACGCUGCGAAACCUUGCGUUCGUAUAAUUUGUCGUGCACACGUUACAGCCGCCGUUAUAUCGUCCGUAUAGAGUGAUUGACAGGAUACUUGACACACAUUUUCACUCGGUCGGCCAUCACCGGUAUUGCACCAAUAACGAUCGUUUAUAUGGAAUAUACCCCAAUCGCGCGAACCAUCCGGAUUUGGUGGACCCAAUUCGGCAGUGUUGAAAUUACUUUCGUAUUGUGCAAUGCACACCCAAUUCGGUAUAUUGGCGCGUGGUAUACUCAAUGCGGCCAGUUCGCGUGUCAAUGAACAUUUAUCGAGUAUGCGUGGCUCCACGCUGCCGAGCGCGAUUGCUAGCAAAAAUGAGACGAGCAGAAUUUUCAUUGCGAUAAGUCAGUUUUAGGUGUGAAAAUGAUUUAGUUGGUGGGUAGUUUGACGAUAUUUAUAUUUAUUUUAAGUAUAUGCGCUUACAAAGUAAAAAGGCUUAAGGCGAGUUAAUAAAAUUUGAUUAUUUGAAUUUGACGUAGGUAGGUAGUUGCGCUUAUGGUGCAAUUUUUAUGUGCAUUUUGUUUUAGUUGGCAGCCAAUGUUAAUAUUAUAUAUGAUACAGAAAGGUUUAGAAAAAUAUUUCAAUGUAUUUUACUAUAAAAGGCUCUUUUUACUAAUUUUGAGUUAUGCAAUUUUUGUUUUUAAGCGCUAAUAUCUUCGAUAUGAGUAUGACCUACAUUUAGUUGCAGGCGACGCUUAUUUAAAACAGCUUUUUAAAUGAAUUUUUAUAUAAUAAAAGUUAUUAAACAAUCACUUUGGAUUAUUUUCGAAAUAAAUACCAAAAUAUAAUACAUAUUAUAUCUAAACUUUUUUUAAGUUAAUUUUGUAAAGUUUUAGUAUUUUCUUUGUAUUUGUAUUUUUAGUGUUUUCUUUUCUAUAAAGUUGUUUUCAAUCAAUACCUCUAUUUCCAAAAGAGUGCUAUUUGUAUUAUGCUUAUUAUUAUCCAAAAAAAUAUUUUAUAUAUGCUUUAACCACUUACAAUUUACUAUAAAUAUGCACCUAAUUCUAUUUUUAACACGAGUUACUUAUUUUACACAACGCAAACCAUGAAGUUCCAAAUUUUCUGUUUUAUUUUGUUCUACACUUUCUCCUGUAUCGUUGCGAGGAUAUUCGAUCGCUGCUCAUUGGCUCGUGAGCUGUCGCGUCUCGGUGUGCCACGUGGCGAUAUACCCGCUUGGGUGUGCAUUGCUCAAUAUGAGAGUACGUACAAUACAGCGGCCAUUGGACCACUGAAUUCGGAUGGUUCGCGUGAUUGGGGUCUCUUUCAACUAAACGAUCGCUUCUGGUGUGAUCCUCAAGAUGGACGUCGCACAUCAAAUGUUUGCGGUAUACCAUGUCGUUCGUUGACUACAGAUGAUAUAGGUACAUCGUUGCGUUGUGCGCUGCAAAUACAAAGAGAGCAAGGUUUUGGCGCUUGGACCGUGUGGAAUAGACAGUGUCGUGGCGGUGGAGCUUCGCCGAAUAUUAAUGAUUGCUUGUAGUGGAAAAAAAUAGAUGCAUUUGGAUUUAUUAAGGGAAUAUUUUUAAACUGGAAAUCUUGUAAGAAAACAUAAAUUUGUAAUUUGGUAAAUUUAAUGAAUAACCACACCUAUCUAGUACAUAUAACUGUAAUAUUCAAAACACUAAAGGUGCAAUAAUUUUCUAAAGGAUGUCACCAGUAGCGUGACAAUAGCUGUAGGAAUUGUUUGGUUACGCCUAUUUCUGUUUAAAAUUUGCAAAAUCAGACAUUGACCACGCCUAUUUUCUAUAUACCGUUAUUUUUAAUAACACGAACCUAUUUUGCUUAACAAUAAAUGACACAAACUGCACUUAAAAAAAUUCAGACGAAAAUUUUGUAUGUGGCAAUCUUCUUUUAAAAAGUGCGCGAAAUCGGUAUAUUUGACCUAUGUCCUAUACCAAAUAUAUCUGAUGUAUGUGAGGUUCUGUUAUAGUAGCGGUAUAAAACAUUUCUGAAAUAGUUAUGGAGAAUGACAGUGAUUUAACAGUCUUUGAUGUAUAAAAAAACUGGAUUCACUUCUGAUAUGUAGAACCAAUUGUCGUGGGAACGUAAGAUUCGGUAAGUAUUCGGUCCACAUGACUGACUUUUUACCUUGUAUAGCGGUUAAUAUGUGUGAUAUUUUAGCAUAAUUAGACGGGAAUAUUUUACUAAGCAUAAGGUAUGCUAGCAAUAUUGGUAGAUUUUUAUAUUACUAGAACCUUUAACCUUUUCUCCAAAAAAAUCUUAACAUUCUGACCUAAGGAAUACAAUUGACUAAGCUCGACUGUUUACAAUUUAAAGAAGGGUAAAACUUUAACUACAACUUAGUAAAAGCAAAAAAAAAAAUUUUUUUUAAUAACUUCCACAUCUUAGAUUAAUGGACACACGACGCUCGCUGCUGCCUGCUAGCUGUAACAUACACACAUACAUAUAUUCUGAGGAGCACAUUUUCGCUCACGUGCUGAAGAGUUGAAGGCAACUGUAUAAUUUUGUCGCGUCGCGUGUUCUAGUUUCAUUUGGCCAAUGUUAUGUAAAUUAAGCAAUUCAUUUUUGUUAAAAAGUGACACUUGAACGCUUCAAAGCUCUUGAAAAAUCGUUAAGCGAUAAGAUUGUGACGAAGCGCUGCGCAGUACAACGACCGUUCGGCGCUGAAGCUUUGGAUAUUAGUGGAAACUGAAAAUGUGCAGCUGCUGCGCGCCAACUUCAGUUUAUCAAUGUACUAUAAGUAGAUUUCCAAUUGAAUUCACCACGAUUUAUACAAGUAUCAAUUAAUUAUGUUGAUUGGUUCUUUGUUUUGGAUAAUUUUUGUCAAUGCCCUGUAGGAAAAAUGUCAUCAUAUAGUUCUAUAUAUUUUAAUAGUAAAGAAAAUUGUUAUAACGGUAAGCUUAUGCGGAGGCCUAUUGAACAUUUUCAGCGGUUUUUUGUAUUUUACAGUUAGUUAAAGGGUUA